AUGCAUGGGCCGCCAGUUCUACCAAGUGAGCUCUACGCCAGCCCCGAAUUUCGCUCCCUAGUGUUGGCCUGCUACUGCUGCCACCGUGAUGCAAUGGGUGUUCCUCAUUGCUCUUUCUUCCAGACAACAUCAUCCGCCCUCCAAGGCGCUAUCCAGUUAGGCAUCACACACACGGUGGGCAGCUUAACUCAGAAACCUGAGAGAGACGUGCUGCUGCAGGACUUUGAAGUGGUCGAAAGCAUCUUCUUUCCUAGUGAGGGCAGUAACCUGACACCAGCCCACCACUAUGGAGACUUCAGGUUCAAGACAUACGCCCCAAUGGCCUUCCGCUACUUCAGGGAGAUGUUUGGCAUCCGGCCUGACGACUACAUGUACUCUUUGUGUAAUGAGUCGCUGAUAGAGCUGUCAAACUCCGGAGCCAGUGGAUCUCUCUUCUACGUCUCCAGUGAUGAUGAGUUCAUCAUCAAGACAGUGCAGCACAAAGAGGCGGAGUUUCUGCAGAAACUGCUUCCAGGAUACUUCAUGAACCUGAACCAGAACAAGCGGACCUUAUUACCAAAGUUUUACGGCCUGUACUGCGUCCAGGCAGCGGGUAAGAACAUCCGCAUUGUAGUCAUGAACAAUCUGCUGCCGAGCUCCGUGCGGAUGCACCUCAAGUACGAUCUGAAGGGCUCCACCUACAAGAGACGAGCUUCAGCUAAAGAGAGGGAGAAGGCCGUGCCCACAUACAAGGACCUGGAUUUCAUGCAGAACAUGCAGGACGGGCUGUUACUGGAGGGGGACAAGUACCAUGCUGUUUGCAAGACCCUCCAGAGAGACUGUCUGCUUUUGCAAAGUUUUAAGAUUAUGGACUACAGCCUUCUGGUGGGAGUCCACAAUGUUGAUCAGGCGUGUUUAGAGCAUGCUGGCGAAGAGGCAGUUGCCGGGGCAGCGGACCAGAGGAGGCCACAGGGUCAGAAGUCCCUCUACAGCACUGCUAUCGAGGCCAUCCAGGCUGAUGUGGGGCGCAUGGGAUCACAGGACACAGAGGACAAAACUGGAGGAAUCCCAGCACGCAACUCAAAAGGCGAGAGGCAGCUGGUGUAUAUUGGUAUCAUUGACAUUCUGCAGUCCUAUAGAUUUGUAAAGAGGCUUGAACACUCUUGGAAAGCGCUGGUACACGAUGGGGACACUGUAUCGGUUCACAGACCGAGUUUCUACGCGGACCGAUUUCACAAGUUCAUGUGCAAUGUCGUCUUCAGGAAGCUAUCUAUAUUGAAGACCUCGCCAUCUAAGAAGCGGCGAGCCGUGUCACAUGCUCCUCUGAGAAAGCUGGCUGGACCGGGGCCUCCUCUGUCGACUCAAGUGAGCAUCAACAGCCAGCACCCUGUUUUCCAAAGUCAAAGCAGCGAUGAGACCAAAGAAGAAACCGAAGGAGACAAAGUCCUCCAGUCAGGUCGUCCUGACCUCCUCCCAAAGACCUUACCGCCCAGCAACGCUGUUGGCAAACCUGCUGAAACCGCCUCCUCCACCUCCUCCACCUCCUUGGGAGACCCUGCUCCAACAAGUCAGCCUCCGCCUCCCUCUGAGGACACAUACAUGUCGGUGGGAGUGGAUUUAAACAACACAUCAAGCAAAGACCAGGAGCACAGCACCACCAAGAGAACUCAGAUGGAAGAAAUCGGUUCUGUGGAGGUCGUCUCACUUCGUGACAUUGUUCCUGCUGCAAGCAAAUGCUCUGUGUAGAAAAAUGAACAGAGACAAGCUUGGAAGAUGUUAUGAGCACAAAUGUUACAACCUCUCAUUUGGUGAGAUUUGAGGUAUAGUUAUAUAUCGUUUCAGUGAGACCAAGUGGGAUUUUAAAUGUUUUUUUGUUUAGUUUUUGCACUUUGAUUUCCAAAUCUCAACAUGGUGUGAGCAUGUUAGCGGGUGGUUGUGUCGGACACUAGUGAUUGCGGGUACAUUAAGGCUAUGAUGCUUAUUGAACACUAUUAUUCAUCUCAUUGGAAAGCUUUUUUAUGCACAAUCAAGGAUUAUUCUUGGCACCGAUGUGCCCAUCUCCAUUUAGAGUGUAACAAGAGGACUUUGCCUUAUUUAAGCAAUGUUACCAAUUGAAUUGUAUUCUUUUUUUUUUAUUUCUCCUUCUUUGGUGUAUAACAAACGCUGUCGCACAUCAUCAUGCAUACUUGGAUCUGUAAGUGUCUCAAGCCCAGAGUAUCAUGUAUGGCUUGAAUGCUUUAACACCAAACCAUGUCAUAUGUGUUUCAGAACACAAUUUUAAAUAAAAGUUUUAAUUUUUUACUGAAA